CUACAGUGAUUCCAUUGAUUUCCGGACGCUGCAGUGGAAGAAGUCACAUAAUUUGCUCAAAGCUACUUUCUUACUUCAUAAUUUCUUGUCUCCUCAAAUCCUCAUCAAAGAACAACAGCAGAUAACAUCCAUUUACCAUGUCGAACUGGAAGCAAGGACCAUGCGAAUGCUGCAAUGACCCUGGGUUGUGUUGUUUUGCCUUUUGCUGCCCUUGUUUCGCUUACAAGGAGAUGGCAGACAACACGGGGGACAGCAAUGGUUGUUUGUACUGUGUCGCGACCCUCUGUGGCUGCGGCUGCUGUGUGCUCACCAUGCAAGGUGAUGCCAUUGCCCAGAAGCGCGGUAUCGACGAGGGAAUCCCGUUGGCCGCCCUCAAGGCAUGCUUUGACGGUUUCGUCUGCUAUUCGUGCACGGUCCUCAACGAAACUCGCGUCAUGAAAUCAGAAGCCGCUGGUGGUGGUGUCAAGGGCCAGGAAAUGCAGCGCUAAAUGAGAAGAGUUGGUUUUGUGUCGAUUGAAUGGAUUUGGUGGCGGAGAAGGCGUGUCCAGGAAAUGGGGCGCUUUACAGAAAAAGUGGUUGGUUUUGGUGGUUCGGUUCGAUGUUCGAUGAUACAAACUGUGUGCUUCUUCCUGCUUCUGGCUUCCUUUUUAAAGUUUGGUUUUUUAUUCUAUGGGGUAUCCUUGGUUUAUCGAAUGCCCAGCUCGGUUUGAUUUAUUUGACGACGGUUUUCUGUGAAGUCCGACUCUGAUGCGUGUAUUGUGGGGCCGAGCGAUGUUGGGAUUCAGGAGCCUGUUUGUAAUGGGCAUGGAACAAUAAUCUUCCUGAGCACAAUCUGUGCCUAUAAAAUAAAUGUCGUUGACGAUG